AUGGCGGACGCCGAGUUGGAAGAGAUUCGAAGAGCUCGUCUCGCUCAGUUACAAAAGCAGGGCGGCGGCCGAGGGGGCGUUCCCGGUGGUGAAGGCCAGGAUGAUCAGAGAAGACAAGCAGAAGCCGAACGACGUUCCUCCAUACUCUCCCAGAUUCUCGACCCAGCAGCAGCAGACCGAUUAGGGCGAAUACGGCUCGUCAAGGAGUCUCGCGCCACCGAUAUUGAGAACCGUCUGAUUAUGCUUGCACAAACGGGACAACUCCGCCAGAAAGUGACCGAAGAUCAACUAAAGGAACUUCUCAACGCCGUUGCCGAAAACUCCCGCAAGGAGGAAGAAGAGCAAAAGGUCGUUUUUAGUCGUCGCAAAGGCGGUUGGGAUGACGAUGACGAUCUGUUGGAUUUGUGA